CAACAAGUCCUGUAAGUUACAUAGCUAAGUUUGAUCAGACUUUCUUAUGUCGUUAUUCAAUUGUCACAAGUAAUUUAAAAUCACCAAAUCAGUUUUUAUUAUUAGUCCCAAGUGUAUUGUUUCGUAAACUUUUGAGUCCCGCUGGCGCUAUGAUGUUACGCUAAGUUGUCCAAUAUUCUUGUACAGAACCUAGUAAUAUGGUUGAAUUCAUGAUUUCUAAUCAACACAAUAAUGCUGCUGUUUCGUAUGCAUAUAAUGCAGCGAAUCGGCAACAGAGACAAAUACAAAUUGUUGAUGCCAAUUCUUUGCAGCCUCUAUCAGAAUCACUCGUAAAUGAAGAAUUUAAACGUGACGAAAUCCCAGUUCAGAAUACUCAAGUGGUUUAUGGAACUUCUGCUGCCGGCUUUGCACCAGUUGUUGGGCAAAAUGUUCAGCUUGUUUCAUCAGUACCUAAUACAAUAGAAUUAGCGAAUAAUGCAUAUGAUUCGUCAAUGGUUGUCCCUCAAGAGCCUUCACAAGCAGGCUUAGAUAUCGAACCCAUUGAUUUAGAAGAGGUUCAGAAAAUCCAGGCUCGCAUGCCAGCUGCUGAUCCAAAUGCUCCUGUGGGUUCAAAUAAAAACCCCAUCAGGAUUAUACAACAAGGAAACCAGUACAUAACUACACAGGAUGUAUCCGACGAGCACUUACAACAGAUUAUUCAAGUCCUAACAAAUCAAGCAUUACUGUCAAGUAGCGGUUCUCGACCAAGUGCAAUUUAUAAUCGUCUCACAAAUCGUCGCAUUAUAUUUCGUGUAACACGUGCAAAGCGUCGUCAUGAUGAUGGAAAUACAGGAGCUACAGCACUAAGUGGCGAGCGAACUAGAUCCAGUAUUACUGUUAAAAGUGAGAAAAAAAGUCGGGCUGGUCGACCUAUUGGACGAAAACGUAGAAAACGUGGUUCAGAUGAGGAAGAUCCUGACUUUGAACCUGAGGUGCCGGAAGAAGAAGUUUUACCAUUUCCAUUAAUUAGACGAACAUCUGCUUCUGGUCGUGUAUCAAAGCCUCCAAAACACUUGGUUAAGGACUAUAAACAUUUGCGUCUAGAAGAUUUGACAUCUAAACCGGAGUCAAGUGAAGAAGAUGAACACUCCGAUGGAGGUUACUCUGAUUAUAUUAACGAUGGACUUUCGGAUGAAGGUUGGUCCGAAGAUGGCACAAAUAGAAGUUUACGUUGGCCAUGUCCAUUGUGUACUAAAGUGUUCACUUCUCGUGCUGGAGUAGCACGACAUCGAAGCAUUGCUCAUGGUCCAAAUCGUGGUAGACCUCGGGGCCGUUGGGCCAACCCAUACAUGGCUAGUGUUCGACGUAGAGCCAAAUUGAAAGAGGCUGUUUCUGAAGCUACAGAUGAUGAUUUAAUUGAAUUUGUUGCACCACGUUUGUGUAAAUUAAUUAGUCCAUGGGAUCAUCUUCUUUUACGUUCAGAGCAUGGUAAUCCUCCUCUUCCUCAAGUUCCUCGUGUUGUCUUGGAUUACUUGAGCUUAGUAGAACGUGCUCGAUCAUUUCUUUGUGAUCAAUUAGAACCACGAAUAACAAAAAAAUCGAAGCAAUCAAAUGAAAUGAAUUCAGAAAGUCAAAAAGAUGGUGAAGACGAUAACGAUGAAACAAGUGACUCUCCUAAGAAUAAGGAAAAUCAUUCUGAUGUAAAAUCACAAGAUAAAUCAAAUGGCGUUCGUGCUGCUGAUGAUGAUGAUGGGGAUGAUGCCGAGGAAGAAGAAGAGGAAGAUGAUGAUGGUGCAAUCAUAGUUAAGGUGGAUACAGAGGAACAGUCUGCUGCCUUAGGUUUACCUUGUGGUAAAUAUAUCGUGAAAGAACCGUUACGUGAAGAAUACCUGCCUAGGCGUUUCCGAUCAAUAUUGGCAGCUCAAAGAGCAAAUGCAGCAGCAGCGGCCGCAUCUGAUUCUGAUAAGGGUAGUGUCGGACAUCAGAAACGUGCAGUGGUUGCCAUGGAAACAGCUGAAGAUGACGAGGUGGAUGCAACUUUACGCAGUGACAUUGCCUCUACAGAAGACUCAGUUCAGCACUUUGGCGACGCUGCUGUUUCAAAUCAAACUGAUAAUAAUUCUCAAAAUAUUGUGUCGUUAGGCGAGGAGUUACUUCUCCUUCCCGAGGGUGGCUUGGGUUGUCCAGUACCUGAUGAAUGGCUUACCAGCGGUGCUUUUCUAACAGUCCUGACAGAGAAUGGUCAAACUAGUGAUUUGGUUAUGGAAGCCGCCACUGGUCGUCUAUUUCAUCGCCCCACAGGUCAUCUUGUCAGUCUAGCUGAUUCUCAGCAAACAAAUCAGUCAGAAGUCGAUGAUUUUCAGGGUGAAAGUUAUGAAUACGAAUCAACCAAUGUUGAACAAAAAACUAAGGCAGUAACAGCUCCUAAACAGCCAAGUUCAGAUAAACGCAAAGUUGCAUCUUCAAAGUCAAAAGUACCGUCAAAAUCUCAAACUAAUGAAGAAUCUGAAAUUAGCAAUGAUGAUAUUUUAUCCCAACAAGAACAAAUACUCGCUCAACUGGCUGAAAAUGGAGAUGUGGUUGAUCUGAAUACCCUUUUUCCUGGUGUAUCUGUUACAGAAGUAUCACCUGGUGUAUGUUUGGUUACUAAACCAAAUGGAGACCGUUUUAAUGUAAGUUAUGCAAACUACAUUAACUGUUGCCUCAAUGUGUUACAGAAAAUAUUUAUAUUAGCUUCUGUAACACUUAUUAGAUGCAUUACUUUUUAGCCUCCGUAGUCUUACACAAAUGACUUCUAAAUCUUUGUAUAUUUCAAUCUUUGAAUCUUACCUUUUAUCCUAAUAUCUUCCUGAUAUUUUAAGUUUUCUAGUCUUAAAGAUACUGUCAUUUUAAUAUACGACAGAGGUACAUUGGUUUGACUUUCUACUUUGUUCAAUAUCCCAUAGCUAGUUUACAAAGAAGAUAAGCCUACAUAAGACUGAUUUGUAACUACUAUAAGUCAUUUGAUAAAAAGAGAAUAUGAAAUAAACUUGUGUAAGUGGCCAAACUAGGAAUAGAAAUUGAAUAGCAAAAUAUUCAUUGUAUGUGAUUUAGGAUUUAGUAAAUUUCCAUCGCUCAUCAGUUUAAUCUCCUGUGUUGGUUCCUCACACAUCUUCACAUUUCAAUAGACGCCUAUAUUUCGUUUACUUAACAGUCAAUGACUGUGUUGGUAUCGUAUUCUGGUGUUAUAACAUGAGAAUGUUAUUCACAUUCUUUAGUCAUUGCUAUGGAUUCAGAUGAAAUAUUAUGUUGAUGGGUUGAGUUAUCACAAAUAGCCAAGUACGUAUCGCUUAUUUUCUACACCUUAUUAGCAUUUGAUAAAAUAAAAUGAAGAUUAUCUGAUAAUCUUCGUCUUCUUAUUACUCUAUCCAAAAUUGUCAAACGGAUUAGUUGCUUCAAAUAAUCAAGUGGACUGUUGAGAUUUGUAUUUCGUUUGUAUCCAAUUUUAUCUGGAGUAACAGUAAGUAGUCAACUAAUAACGUCGUUAACACGCAUGGGUUCGUUUAAACCUUUUGUAACUUUUAAAAGUUAACGUAUGUCCAAUUUUUUCUUUAAAGAUGUGACUGUAAGUUAGAUUGAAUUUUACUUUUAAUACUUUCCAAUAAUCGACUUAUCGCUUAAAUUAUUGAUCUCUACACUUAUUUCCAAACAUAUCCUGUGCCUAAUGUCAUUCCUGCAUCAUCUUCAAAAGUAAAAAAUGUAUAUAAUGUCAAUCAAGUAUAAGAACCGAACCUCAGUCACCGCACUAGUUGGGACACCGUCCCUGUUUUUUCUAUUGGUCAGACUUUACAUGUUAUAAGUACAAAAAAAUUUGGUUGAUUUUAAUUUGUGUUUAAUUUUAACACUAUUCAGGUUGAACAUGGUGGCGAAGGAAUAACUUUGGAAACACUACAAGCUAUCUUGCAGAUGGAUGCAUAGUUGGUUUUUGCGGCGUUGAAAAACUUAAUCUCUUGUAAAUAGACAAUCAGUCUGUUUUUCGAUUCAUUGAAAUCCUAUACUCACUCAUAAAUUUCAAUGUUAACCUAUUCAUUUCUCAUGAAUAUUUAUUAUGUAUACUUAGAUUCAUGUGUAUUUAAACUAAUAUCCCAUUUUCCACAUGUACAAAAGAUUGCUCACUUCUUGCUGUUUGUAAGGGUUUCUCCAUUGAUAUAUAUGAGGUGACAGUUUGACAUUUGACCAUUGCUUAUUCUGGUAACUUGCAAAGCAUGCAUUAUUCUGUCUAUCAUUCUUCAUUUGAGGAACCAAGAAAAGCAUACAGAAAAAUUCGGAAGAAGUUUAUGCACACAGCAGUUAUGAAACACAAAGGAAGAAGGAAAUACCAAUAACCAAUUCAAAUAAAUCGCAACAAUCCUACCAAAAAAUACAAACUGAGGAAACCCUCUCUAGAAAUAUACAACAAACUUGAUCAUCUUAGUUGAUUGAAAUUCCUUCGUAGGAUUGAUGUCAGUGUGGGAAUGUUAACUCCAUUGUGCUUUGAAUAUCGAUAAUGUUACGCACAAAGUGUUCGUACGACCAGUUAAAUGUCACUGAGUCGUAGGCCAAUCAUCCGGCAGUUGUGUCACUGAAUAUCGAACGGUUCAUCGAUCUCCGUCAAGAUCAAGUACAACGAACCCGCAUCACUUAAUUGCACCCCAUGGAAUUGUCAAUGCAGUGGUGGUUGCAACUUCUUCCUUGUACCUACGUUUACUAAUACAUUUCUAAAAUAACGUCCUUUGUGUCAUACGGUCCUCAAAGCAGCCAUAGUACCUUGAUAAGACGAGAAGGUAAUCCACGUACAGUAUUGACUGGGAGGUGUGACUUCGAUGUUAGACGGUUCGUCACACUAUUCCUGUCUAACUGGAGUAGGCUCCAAAUGAUUCGUUUUAGAUCAUCUACGGUGGUGAUCUACAUGUCUCGAGAAAAACGAAGAGUUUAGUUCUAAAAAUGUAAUGAAUAUUAUCAGAUUCUUUUGUCAUUGUGAUACGCUAGUGAUGGGUGUGAAAAGUAGUGUUCCAAUCGGCUUACUUCACUAAUUGUUUUAUUCUUCAUCACCUGGUGUGUUGGAGUGUAGUAAGGCGAAAUUCAACAUAUAUGUUUCUUUUCACAAAAAGUAAAAGUAAGUAUCUGUUGAGUAAAUUAAACUUUGGAAACGCACCUGAUCGAUCAAUCAUCUUAAAUUAUUCACAUUCAAGUGACCAGCGUGACAUGUUCAUUCGUGCUUCUACAUGACCCAGACAAAAUGAA